AUGAUAUUUUAAUCAAAAAGUAAUUGUAUCUUUGGAGCAUAUUCUCCCUGCAGAUGGCAAUCUAAUAAAAAAGUUUAUAUAGCAGAUGAUACAUUAGCAUCUUUUAUAUUUUCUUAAACUCAUGAUAAACUUUAUCAUUUGAAAUAGGAUUAAAAAUAAUAUGCUAUAUAUCCUAGUAUAAAUUUUGGACCUACUUUUGGAGGAGGUCAUGAUAUUGAAAUAAAGCCUGAUUUUAGUGAUGGUUAUUCGUAAUUAGGUCAUUCAAUUAAUUUGAUUAAUAUAAGGGUAAAGAUUCGAAUCCUUAUUUGUUUGGAUAAGUAAGGCCAGAAAUAAAAGAAUGUGAAAUUUAUUAAUUAUACUUUAUUUGAAUUUGAAAUUUUUGUUUAUGAUUAAAAAGCUAUAAAAAGAAGAGUUUACAAAGUUUUUUUGUAAUGUAAGGGUAAUCAGGAAGAAUAUUUUGUUGUUUAGUUAUUCAACCAGUGUAAUGGUCCAUCUAUAUAUCCGCAACAACUAUAAAAUAAUAAGCUAAUUAUAAAAAUAAUUGAAAUAAACAGGAAGCUACAUCAAUAUAUUUAUCAUUUACUCAAGAAUAGUUUCUUCUUCUUAAAUAUUUAAGUUAUAUUGAUUUAACAAUUUUUAUUAAUCAAAAAUAUAUUAUUGCAAUAUCCUCAAUAAAAUGUAGAAUUUCAUUUCCUAUCCAAUUUAAAUGAUUAAAUAAAUUUGAGUAUUUACUACUUUGUGGUUAAUAAGCUGAGGUCUAUUAAUAUUUCCUUUUUCAAAAAGGAGAGUUAGAAUUUAUUUAUACAUUACUAAAAAUAAGUGUGCACUUCUAAAAUUAACCAUAACAGUUCUUACUUGUUUUUUAUGGAUAAUCAAUUAUUCUCAUAAAAAUUUUGA